UAAAGGCUGUAGGUCAAUCCUUGCGGGUGCUUUUAUUGGAUGUGCUGCUGUCAAGCAGUGCUGAAGAAUUGGAAGGGCAAACGCUAGGAAGGCAGAGAAAAGACUAAUAGAAACCCCAUUAUGUAGCUUAUUUCUGCGUAUCCGUUUAUAAAUAUCAAUCCCAUGCCUUCCUUUUUGAAACACGAAACUUGGGGACGCGGAGCGGUCUUGUAAGCGAUUGCAUUCACCAGAGGUGGUACCUCAACAUAUGAUUUGACAGCCUGUACAUCUUUUUUUCAAAAAGGGGAAAAUCGUGGGCCUAUGUUUCACUAACCCAGGUUUUUACCCGGGUUUGUGAUCUGUGGCGAAGCUUUUUCAAUCUGACAACGGAUGUCUGAAUGGCGAUUUUACACCAAGAUUUCUCUUUUUCCGAAUUGUGUUAUUUCUGUAGAUAAAUGGAGUGUUGUGUCAGACUAAAUGUCAUUUUGUUGCAUGGGGGAAGAAUCUUGACAUUGGAGCGACUGAUCAGAAGAAUGCUAUGCUGUGUGAAUAUUUUAGCCUGUUGGUGAUGAACGGCUCAGGACUGGAGCAAACUGUCGUGAGAACGGGUUUGUGGCCAAUGUCUUGAAUUGAAGUAACCAGAUUGUUAAAGGAAAAGAGAACUCCCCAUAAAAUUGGAUGGUUUUGGGUGGGGAGGACGGCAUCAGUAGUGGCAUUGGACGAACAUGGAUAAAACUAUUGCAUGAAUUGAAGAAAGCUGACGUUUACUUGAGAAGAGUAAAGUUUAAAACGAGAAAAUGAUGAUGUGGUACGAAGACGAACAGAGGAACCAGAGUGUGGGAUCCAUUGCCAAUGGAAUCUGAACAGCAAAAUUGAAGAAUAGCGGGAUUCAUGUGUACGAGGAUAAAACAGACCGUUUGGAAAAUAUCUUCAAUUAACUUAAUGUAAAGGACAGAGAAAGGAAAUAAGCUUCCUGGUAAGACUGUAGGGUGGAGAAGGAUAUAUAUAUAUAUUUGUAUAUAUAUAUAUAUUAUUCAUGCUUUCUUUAUGCUAGGGAAACUGGGUAGACACGUUUUACGUUAAGAUUAAUCCAAGAAAGAAGACGUCUGAUGACAAAGGCCAUUACGAAUGACAUUCGGGUAUAAGUAAAGCACUUGGGGAAAAUAAAUAGUGUGAAGUGGGGUUGAAGCAUGGGCUGUGCUUCAAGCAUUCAUAUCUCAGAUAGGGUGGUCUACGGUGGAAAAGAGUCCGAGGAUGCCCACUCGCCCCAGCAGACUAAUACUACACAGCAGCAAGGAAAUCCUGCCUCGGGACUACCGAUAAAACCCUCGAGUUGCAAGACCACACUAACAGAGGUGCAGUUUGGACCAAUGAAGUUGUACGAAGACCAGCUUCAGGUACUUUUAGUAUUUGCCAAAGAGGACAGUCAGAAUAAUGGCUUCUACUGGGCGUGUGAGAAGGCCAACUUCCGGUGCAACGUGGCGCGGACCCCCGAGGCUGCGCUUGAGAGUCUCCUGGAGAAGCAUCACGACCUGGUCAUCAUCGACCACAGACAUUCCAGAUACUUUGACGCGGAAGCACUAUGCCGGUCAAUUAGAGCGGUAAACUCCUCGGAAAACACUGUGAUAGUCGCCGUGGUGAAAAGGCCCGACAGGGAGGAGGCCUCAGUGAUGCCUCUCAUCAAUGCCGGCUUCAACAGGAGAUAUGUGGAGAACACCAAUAUGAUGGCGUGCUAUAAUGAGCUUCUGCAGCUCGAGCAUGGAGACGUGCGCUCACAGUUCAAACUGAGGGCCUGCAACGCUAUUUUCACUGCUCUUGAACAAAGCCAGGAAGCCAUCGAGAUCACUUCGGAGGACCAAGUGAUUCAGUAUGUGAACCCUGCCUAUGAGUCCAUCAUGGGCUACCAGCAAGGAGAGCUGAUAGGAAAGGAAAUCAUAGAAGUGCCUAAAAGUGAGAAGAACAAACCGGAUCUCCUAGAAACGAUUAACUCCUGCAUACGGAAAGGAAAGGAGUGGCAGGGUAUUUAUUAUGCCAAAAAGAAGAAUGGAGACAGUGUUCAACAGAAUGUGAAGAUCACACCUGUGAUUGGACAGGGAGGAAAAAUCAGACACUAUGUGUCUAUCAACAGGCCUUUAAAUGAUAAUAAUAGGACUGACAAGUCCAGUGAGCGCGUGCAGGCAGAGUCUCAGACAGACAUCCAGCCCAGUAAACAUAAGGACCGUAGGAAAGGCUCUCUUGACGUCAGAUCCACCACGUCCAGAGGGAGUGAUGGAAGUUCCCAGCGAAGGCAUUCGUCCAUGGCUAGGAUCCACUCCAUGACCAUCGAAGCUCCCAUCACCAAGGUAAUCAACAUCAUCAAUGCAGCCCAGGAGAGCAGUCCCAUGCCGGUGGCGGAGGCGCUGGACCGCGUCCUGGAGAUCCUGAGGACCACCGAGCUCUACUCCCCCCAGCUGGGCACCAAGGAGGAGGACCCCCACACCAACGACCUGGUCGGGGGCCUGAUGACGGAUGGCUUGCGCAGACUGUCAGGAAACGAGUACAUCUUUGCUACAAAGCAGCCACACCAUUUGCCCAGCCACCUGACCACACCUCUCUCAUUGAAUGACAUCCCCCCUCGCAUCGCCCAGACCAUGGAAAACGAAGAUUCCUGGGACUUUGAUGUCUUCAACCUGGAGACCGCCACCUUGAAACGGCCUUUGACCUACUUGGGCCUGAAGAUCUUCUCUCGCUUCGGAGUGUGCGAGUUCCUCAGCUGCCCCGAAGCCACCCUGCGCUCCUGGCUCCAGGUGAUCGAGGCCAACUACCACGCCACCAACUCCUACCACAACUCCAGCCACGCGUCCGAUGUGCUGCACGCCACUGCAUACUUCCUCUGCAAGGACAGGGUCAAGCAAAGUCUGGACCCCAUAGAUGAGGUAGCAGCCCUGAUAGCUGCAACUGUCCAUGAUGUGGACCACCCUGGCCGCACCAACAGCUUCCUGUGUAACGCAGGAAGUGAGCUGGCCAUCUUGUACAAUGACACGGCAGUGCUUGAGAGCCACCACGCCGCGUUGGCCUUCCAGAUAACCACCAGAGACGACAAGUGUAACAUCUUCAAGAACAUGGAGAGAAACGAGUACAGGACUCUACGUCAGGCAAUCAUAGACAUGGUUCUGGCCACAGAGAUGACCAAACACUUUGAACAUGUCAACAAGUUUGUCAACAGCAUCAACAAGCCACUGGCUGCCCUGGAGGAGAAUGGGGGGAACAAUGACGAGGAGUCAGUCAAAGGCAUCCUGACCUCCCCCGAGAACAGGAUACUUGUCAAGCGCAUGCUCAUUAAGUGUGCCGACAUUUCCAACCCCUGCCGCCCGCUGGAACUGUGUAUCGAAUGGGCAGGACGCAUCUCUGAGGAAUACUUUGCACAGACGGACGAGGAGAAGAGACAGGCCCUGCCAGUGGUCAUGCCCGUGUUUGACAGGAACACCUGCAGCAUUCCCAAGUCCCAGAUUUCCUUCAUAGACUACUUCAUCACCGACAUGUUUGAUGCCUGGGAUGCUUUCGCAGACCUACCCAACCUCAUGCAGCACUUGGACAACAACUUCAAAUACUGGAAAGGCCUGGAUGAACGAAAGCUGCACAGCCUGCGUCCUCCCCCAGAAUAGGAGCAUCGUUUGUGGGGGGUCGGCCCUGGCCCCUGGCCCCUUCCUGGGCCCCUUCCUCCAGAGUAACCUUCCUCUCCUCUACCUGCGGGGAUGUCUCUCUCUCUCUACCAGCCCAUCCCAGCAGCCCAGGGCCUCCACUCCUCCGCUUCUGUAGCACGCCAAGUCCGUCCAGAUCGACUCUCUGACAGACGGACAAGCUGGAGCCUGAGCUCCGGAUCAGGAUCCAUCGUCUGUCAGAGUGGACGGCAUCCUCAUUAACUCCUAACGCCGCGCAGGCAUUGGACGGAGCAGCUGGUCAGGUGACUUGUGAGACGCACCCUCAGAGCCACCCUGGCACAGAGUCCCUUUUCCCCCAGUUAAACACACGGGUCGCCCCUCUUCAUAGGAGGGGUCAGAUGUUACUGUCUAUGUUGAACACUGCUGGUUCAUGGGUAGAGCAACAGAGAAACACUGUCUGGCUGGACUUUGAGAGCUGGUCAAGCUCCUGCUGAGCAAAACUGAGGAUCAGGUGGUCAUGAGGUCACGUGAUGCAGAGUCAAACCCAGACCACGGAUGACGGCAUCAAACCUACACCCGUCUGUUGUGACAAGGCCGAAUUACUCUCAUGUGCCCCCAGAGGCCACUUCACAGAACUACACUCCACCCCUUAUUUUUUUUUCUUGCUGUAUUUUCUUAGUUUUGUCUAUCAGAAGCACGUCCACUACAGCAGGCUAGGGAGAUGUGUAGCAACUCGAGGCUAUUAAAAGAUAAGAGGGUGGGCAUGUUUUCAUGGGUGUUUAAGGUGUUCAACUUUACUUGCGCCACUGGUGAAAGACACAAAGUUAAACACCAUGAUUAUAGGUAAUUAAAGUUUGGUUAAUUUAUUUUGUUUUAGAUGUUCCACAUUUUCUAUACUAAAAAUGAACACAAAUAAUUAGUUGAUGGAUAAAUAAGUAAGUAAGAAAAAGCCAAAGCUGAUUAAUAUGAAUUUAAUAACUGGGUCUUAUCCUUGAUUAUUACACAUAUGAAACAUUAACAUUAUAAACUUUUUUUCUUUUCUUAUCACAAGUACAGUACCCGUUUGAAUGAACACCUUUGCAUUGCACUGUAAACAAUAAUUGAAAUGUCAAAGUCUCAGUGAUAUGUUCAUUGAUGGGAUGUUGAAUUGAAGAAUUAGCUGUGUUGUUGUUGAUCACCUGCGAGUUUGUAUAUCUCCCUCACUUCUGUUUCACCGCUGUUAUCUGGCCUCUCAUAACAGCAGAGAUCUGUGAAAACAUUUUGGACUUGAACGAUUUUUUGCCCAGAAAUUUUUGUAUCUGGUUUAUCCUACUGAAAAAGACUGCCUUAUUUUAUACAAUAUUUAUACAGUACAUCCCACUGUGCAACUGCAACGGACACCUGGAGUUUUUAAUAACAUAGUCAAAAAAAGUUAUGUUCAAGUAAAUCUCAAUAUUUUUAUAGACUAUGAAUUUUACACUGGAGGGACAGCAAAUGAAACAGCCGUUAGCUAUCUGAGUACCUGUGAAACCAUGUUCAUUGGAGAGGCAUUUCAGUCAUGUAAACAGAGAACUCUAUGGUUUAUGAAGGAUGUGGAUUACAGGAUUGUCUAUCACUGUCUUUAACCAGUCGCCUGGAAGCCAGCUUGCUUUGAUUUUGACAAACAUCAUUCUAUAUCGGCCAUUAUAUUUUAACAUCAUUCUAAAUUGGCCAUUUUGUCUGAGAUUCUUACGUGCAGACAAAGUACCCAAGGAACUACCCACGGUUGGUUUCAGAUUAGGAUACUAAUAUAUGUUAAAGAAUGUUGCUUAUUAAGAUUAUUUCCUAUUUAAACAGUAUAUAAAAUGCCAUAACACAUAAGCAAACAUUGGUUGAUAAGAGUGUAUUGACCAUGGUAUCUUUGUUACUCUCUUCAGAAGACCGACGUAAACACUCAGUAAGGGGAUGUUCGUUCCCUCUGACUCACUACUUCUGGUCUGGAGGAGCCGAAAAAUGACAAAAAAAUUGAAAUUAUUCAAUGGAAAAUAAAAUAAUGACGAUGA